AUGGCUCCCAAAAAGAAGGCAAGCAAGGGGGGCAAGGAGCCUGAGGUCAAGAAGAAGGGGGGCAAGAAGGAGGCCGGCGUGAUCCUGAAGCCUGUGGAGACGCCCCUGGCGGAGGAGACGCGGGAGUUCUACCACAUCCAGAUCCGAGACCUGGAAGACCGGGUGGCCCGGUACCAGCGGAAGUGGGAUGAGCUGGCCGUGCAGGAGAAGCUGUUCCGCCAGGAGUUUGACCAGCUGGCCAACAGCAAGAAGGAGAUCGUGGCCUUCCUCAAGCGCACGCUCAACCAGCGGGUGGAUGAGAUUACGGACCUCAAUGAGCAGCUCCAAAACCUGCAGCUCGCCAAGGAGGUGGAAAAGGAUGCCUUCGAGGCACAGCUAGCCCAGGUGCGCCACGAGUUCCAGGAGACCAAGGACCAGCUCACCACGGAGAACAUCGUCCUUGCGGGGAAGCUGGCAGCCCUGGAGGAGUUCCGGCUGCAGAAGGAGGAGCUCACGGACAGGUUCAUGUUGCUGGAGGCCCAGCUGCGGAACCAGGAGAGUGAAUACAAGGACUAUGUAUACAACCUGGAGAAGAAGUCGGUGCUGGACAAGGACAGACUCAGGAAAGAGAUCAUCCAGCGCGUGAACCUGGUGGCCACCGAGUUCCGCAAGGUGGCCACUAACCAGAUGUGGGAGACGACAAAGCGGGCCAUCCUGGAGAACAGCAGCGUGACCCUGCAGCUGGCCAAGGUGUCCCGGCAAGGCAUGCAGCUGCUGCAGGAGAAUGAGCAGCUCAAGGGCAGCCAGGACGAGCUGUGCAAACAGCUGGAGCUGCUGGAGGACACCCAGAAGGUCAUGGCCAGGCACAGAAGAGGCCACCAGAAGAUCAUCCUCAUGCUGACCGAGAAGUGCCAGGAGCAGCAGCAGAGCAUGGCGGAGGCCAAGCAGCUGCGCCUGCUGCUGAGCCGCCUGGAGCAGAGAUUCCUGCAGCUGCAGACUGACAGCCAGGCCACCAGGAGCCAGAGAGACCAGCUGAACCUGCAGCUGGAGCGGCAGCAGGCUGAGGCACAGCGGCUGCAGCAGGAGCUGGCCGAAGAGCAGAGGGCUCGGGCCAGCCUGGAGAUGGCCCUGAACCAGGCCACCUCCACCCUCCAGGACAUUCUGCAGAUGCAAGUGGAAGAAGAGGAAGGCGUCUUCGAUGUGAUGUACCAGCUGCACUGCAAAGAUACGCUGCAGCAACUGCUGGCCAUGCUCAGCUCUGCCAUGGCCCUGAGACCCCCAAAGGCUGUGUGUCCCCGCCAGGAGUCCCAGCCCCAAGGCCCACCCAAAGAGAGCCGGUCCAACAUCCAGCCGCCCAGGGUCGGGUCUCUGCUACAGCAGCUUUCCAGCACCGCAGCGUACCAGCCCGGGGAUCUAGGCCUGGUGCCUUACCAGGGCCACGUCCCACCUAACCCCCAGGACCUCAGGCUGCUCUCACAUGCCACCCGCAUGAGGACCUUCCGGGCACACAGCACCCCUGAGAUCCACGCCUCCAGUUCUCUAAAAAGGCUCAAAAAGUUUAGUCUUCCUGAUGUUCUCCUACACCCCAAGUAG